AAGUCUACAUGGGAACGAGGGCGGGCAGACCGGCACAGACGUUCUGGCCAACAGGUGUCAACAAAGCCAGCCGUAGACAAGGGAGAAGGGAGAGGGGAGGGCGAGGGACAGACCAGGAGGGAGAGUUAUUAAAGCUGACAAAAGCAAGAGGGACUUAGAUUGCGGUCGCUCUUUUUAAGGAGAGUGAGGUCCCGGCUUGAUGAUGAACCUGCUGUGGAGGCCCGCGUUCCCCCUGCUGGUUCUGGUGUCAGCGCUGCUCGUCAGCGGAGACUGGGCUGGGAGAAACGCAGCCGUUGACACCGGUGGGCACGUGACUGCUGACGCUGGGGCCAGUAACACCGUAGACCAUGGGAGCAGCAACACCGCCGACGGAGGACACGGGACAGGGAAUAGCACUGCCGGCGGGGAGCAUGGCGGAGUGCUCACCACGCUGCCGAUUGUCACCUGGAAGUGGCACCAUGUUGAGGUACCCUACAUUGUGGCCCUCUGGGUCCUGGUCUGCUGGAUCUGCAAAUGGCUGAUCGAGCUCAAUCACAAGGUGGUCAGCGUCAUCCCAGAGAGCGCACUUCUAAUCAUCAGUGGCUUUAUCCUGGGAGGAAUGAUCUGGGGAGCAGAUAAGCCAGUCCAAACCUUCGCCCUGAGGCCCGACGUCUUCUUCUUUUACCUGCUGCCUCAGAUCAUCCUGGACGCUGGCUACUUCAUGCCCAACAAGCUCUUCUUCGGCAACAUGGGUGCAAUCUUAACGUUUGCAGUUAUCGGCACCUGCUGGAAUGCGGCUACUGUCGGAGUUGCUCUUUGGGGUGUCCACGCGAGUGGAAUUAUGGGUAAUCUGGAGAUUGGGCUGCUGCAGUUCCUGCUCUAUGGGAGCCUUCUUUCUGCGGUGGACCCCGUGGCGGUGAUCGCCGUGUUUGAGGAAGUCCACGUCAAUGAAGUCCUCUUCAUCUUGGUGUUUGGAGAAUCCCUCCUCAACGAUGGUGUGACAGUGGUGCUGUACAAUGUCUUUGAUGCUUUUGUAACAUUGGGAGGGGCAAAAAUCAAUGCAGCAGAAAUAGUAAAAGGCAUAGUGUCAUUUUUUGUUGUGGCGUUCGGGGGUGCCCUCGUCGGAGUCGUGUUUGCCAUUCUGAUCUCCCUCCUGACAAGGUGCACAAAGAAUGUGCAAAUCAUUGAGCCGGGGUUCAUCUUUGUGCUGGCCUACCUUUCCUACCUCACGGCUGAGAUGCUCUCCUUGUCUGCCAUCCUAUCUAUCACCUUCUGUGGCAUCUGCUGUCAGAAGUAUGUCAACGCCAACAUGGAUGAGAGAUCUGUCACCACGGUCAGAUACGUCAUGAAGAUGAUGGCUAACGGAUCAGAGACCAUCAUUUUCGUCUUCCUGGGAAUUUCCGCCAUAGAUCCUCAGAUAUGGGUGUGGAACACUGCCUUCAUUCUCCUCUCCCUCCUUUUCAUCUUUGUGUUCAGAUUCAUAGGCGUCUUCGGCCUCACAUGGAUCCUGAACAAGUACAGACUUGUUCCCCUGGAGAUCAUUGACCAGGUGGUCAUGAGCUAUGGUGGCCUGCGAGGGGCAGUUGCAUAUGGAUUGGUUGCAAUGUUGGAUGGGGCCAAGAUCAAGGAGAAAAAUCUAAUGACUUGCACCACCCUUAUAGUGGUGUAUGUCACUGUCAUUUUGCAGGGUAUAACCAUGAAACCUUUGGUCACUUGGCUCAAAGUGAAAAGGGCAGCACAGAAAGAUGUUCAACUGAUUGAAAAGCUUCAGAACAGGGCCUUUGACCACAUCCUCAUAGCAAUUGAAGAUAUAUCUGGACAAAUAGGACACAACUAUAUGAGAGACAAGUGGGCUCAGUUUGAGGAGAAGUGGCUGUGUCCCUUACUGAUGAAACGAUCGGCUCAGAAGACACGUGACUACCUGUUCAGCGUCUUCCACCAGCUCAACCUUAAGGAUGCCGUGAGCUAUGUCAGCGAGGGCGAACGCAGAGGAUCUCUGGCCUUUGUGCGGUCGGACAGCGAUGCUAACAUAGACUUCAAGAAGAAGUUUGGCGCUGACAUGUCUGAUAUAAUGCCAGACGUUAUGCCUGACAUGUCAGACAUGAUAUCAGAUCACGUGCCAGUGUCCUCCAUUCUGCAGGACAGUGUGCCGUCAGUGUGUCUGGACGUACACGAGAUGGACAUGAGGAGGAGGAGCAUGAGGGAGACAGAGGACGUCAACACGCAUCACCUGCUGCAGCAGCACCUCUACAGGGCCAGGAAACAGCAUAGACACAGGUACAGCAGGAGCCACAUCAGCGUCAACAAGGAUGAGAACGAGGUCCAGGAGAUCUUCCAACGCACCAUGAGGAGCCGACUGGAGUCCUUCAAAUCCGCUAAAAUGGGCGUCACCCCAAACAAGAAAAUGAUCAAGCAUUCCAAGAAGGACCAAACGCUAAAGAUGCCAAAUGGAAAGUCCCCAGGUAAAAGUAAAAGCCAUCCUUUUGGGGAUGAAGAUUUUGAAUUCUCUGAUGGGGACAAUGCCAAUGGGACUGACGGUGUGGAUUAUAUGGCAUCGGGAGGAAUACCUACAAGCGUCUCAUAUAUGUCUGGAGCAGGAAUUGAGAAUCCAGCCUUCAUGCCGGAAGAUGAGUCCAUUGGUCCGAUGCAUACGCCCCCGUGGGUGGCAGCAGCUCAGGUGGAAAAUACGGUGGCCCCUUCCCAGAGGGCUCAGCUGCGACUGCCCUGGUCUCCUAGCAACCUCCGUCGCCUGGCACCCCUCCGCAUCAGCACCCGCUCCACGGAUUCCUUCCUGCUGGCAGACGUCCCGCCCACAGAGGAACACUCAAACGAUAACCAGCAGGACGGGACCCAGAUGUAGCCCCUGCGCUUGUCCUGUCAAAACCAUCCCUACAGAUGCGCCCCAGACAAGACACACCACUUCUCUUGACACAAACACAAAGCUGGCUGUUGAACAGACCAGGUCUUCUUUUCUAAUAGCUCUCUCUUUGUCCUGAACGUCGUGACAGUGGCCCCACCAGCCCAUAUUCUUGUCCAAUGGGAUGCACAUUCUGCUCUUACCUUCACUGUUACCCCAGGGACACACUGCAAAGCGACAAAGCAAUGGUCAGCAGAUUCAGGAUGUAAAUGCAUGUUUCGUGUCUGGGGUCUGUCCAGUGCCAUGUGGCAAGUGAGUGUGUGUGUGUGUGUGUGUGUAGUGGGGGGAGUGGAGGGAUCCUUUUCAGCAAAACCGAGGAGAAACCUGCUGUCUCCAAAGAGUUCUAUUGCCAGGGAAUCAGUGAAAAUUAUCUCUAGACAACAAGCUAGUUGACUAGCAUAUUGAAUUGUAUAUUGUAUUAUUGUCUGUGAUCAAAUCAAUGUUAGCUGGCUAUCUUGAACAGCUAGUUAGCUAGAUUGCUAUAAAUAAUAAAACUACAAAUAAAUGAAAAUAAUAGUAAUACUGUUUUUCAGUUAGUAGUGUGUUUGCUGGCAGUGUAGUCAGCAUUUCUCUGUCUCAAACAUCCUUUAUGUCUUCACUGCCUUUGUUUUAACAGAAGGGGUCUGGUGUGACAUCGUCAUCGCAUUUCACUUUUGCUGUGUCCCAAGGGUAACUGGGUAUU